GCUGAAGAUGGUGUCAAGGCCAAGCGCAAGAGAGCGAAUGCGGAGCAACUAUCUGUCCUCAACGCAGCGUUUGAGCGAUCCUAUUUCCCUUCAACCGAGGAACGACUUCGACUGUCGAAGCAGACCAAAAUGUGUCCUCGUACGGUUCAGAUUUGGUUUCAGAACAAGCGGCAAAGUGUGAAAGCCCGC